UGCACACUCACCACGCUAACAAAGUCGCAUCUUUGCGUUGUCUUUGCUUUCUCAGCAUCAUCCAUCUUCUUGCAUUAGACAUAGAAUAGAAUACACAAUGGCAGCACUCCGUCUCGCCCUCCCCGCCCUCCGCGCCGGCGCACGCGUCGCCGCCGCGCCCUCCAUCACGCCCGUCGCGCCCCGCCGCGCCUUGUCGUCCACGACGCGCGCGCUCGCCGAGGCCGUCGCGACGCCUGCUGCGCCGGCGCAGGGGUUCGCCGGCGCCAAGCCUAAGAGCUCGGGCGCUGGCCGUCGCUGGGGAAUCAGGCUCGCUGUCCUCCUCGCCGUCCCCGUCGCGUACUUUGCCGGAGCGGUCGCGCCGCCCAAGGUCGUCCUCCUCCUCUCGCCCCGCUACUCGCCCCCUCCCCCCGACAAGGACAGCAAGCACGGCAAGGCGCUGACCGAGGACGUGGAGCGCGAGCUGCAGGACCUGUUUGUCGUCGCUGAGAUGCGUACCAAGAAGGACUGGUACGAGGCGCGCCCUUACGAGCGCUUCGACCCCCAGAAGGUGCACAACUCGCUCACGGCGGGCUCGCUCCGCGGCCCAGGCAAGCUUGCCAUCCCCCCUCUUGCCUUUGCCAAGAACGACGAGUCUGAGGCUGUUUUGAUUGUCCACCUCGGCCGCGCGCUCUGCGGACACGACGGCAUCAUCCACGGCGGCCUCAUCGCGACCGUGUUCGACGAGAGCCUGGCACGCAAUGCGCUCAUGAACAUUGACACGCAUAUCGGCGUCACCGCCACCCUGACGCUCAACUACCGCUCGCCUUGCAUGGCCGACCAGUUUGUGAUUGUGCGCACCAAGCUCGACGACAAGCAGGGCCGCAAGAUCCGCGUCAGUGGCACGAUGGAGACGCUGGACGGCGAGCGGAUUGCCGAUGCAAACGCUCUGUUUGUCGAGCCAAAGUGGGCCCAGUUCCUGCAGAGCAGUGGCGUCACCGAGGCCCUCGGUGCCCCAACAUCGCGGCCCAACCCGGCUGCUGAGCGCGCGGUUUGAGUGGCACUUGGGCGCUGGCGCGCCUGAUGAGAGAUGUUGUAGAAUUGGCUUCCCCACUAGGUUUUGUAUCUUCUUAUAUGAACUCUUGAACGAGG